CGCCGGGGCGGGGAGCGCUGGGCGGCGGGCGGCAGGGUGAGCCCCGGGCUGAGCGUCCCCUGUGCCCUGCGCAGGCCCGCGGCGCUGUACUGCAUGAACGAGGCGGAGCUGGUGGAGGUGGCCCUGGCGGUCCUGGCCGAGAACCUGCAGUGCGAGGAAGAUGAGGAGAAGGCCCGGUCCCGCAGCGAAGAGGAGCAGGAGCUCCCGCCCACACCGAAGGAGGCUCCUGGAAGCACGGCCGGCUCGGAUGGAGGCGGUGGCCGCGGUCCGGCGCUUCCAUCCCCUCCUGGCGCUGGUGCUGUCGCGGAGAGGACAGGCGGGGAGGACUCUGAGGACGAUGCCCUGAAAUACGUCAGGGAGAUCUUUUUCAGCUAACAUCCCCUCUCUUGGCUUCCCAGGAGAAGAGGGCACAGUGGGGAGGGUGUUUCUUCCCGCGGCCCCGGUGGGAGGAGGGCCUGGAGGGGCUGUGCAUCCCUCUGCUGUGGUGGUGCCCUGUGUAGGAUGCCCAUGGAGGGCAGAGGGGGAAAGGAAGGAGCUGCUCAGUUCUCCCACUCUGUGCUGGGCUCAGUGCGAUUUGGCUCCAGAUUAGGAUGUGUUAGUUUCUGUUUCACAUUUCAGAGCACGGACAGAUUAAGA